ACAUCUCCGCAUUGCGAGGGCCCAUGAUUGAAGAUGAAAUGGCGGGAACACAGUAACCGACCAACCGUUGUGGCAAGUGGUUGUUUUUGCUUUUUUUGAACGCGAUCGGUCCCGCGUCUUAUUAUAGGAAGUUUAAACUCAUACGAUGAAAACCCUAAAACCCUAAUAACGCCAAGUCGCCAAACCCCAUUCCCACGCCACGUACCUACCAACCUCCCCAUCACGCAAUCACUUCCUCCAUCACUCAUUUCCUCCUCUCUGUUCCUCUCUUUCUCAAUUUCGUGAAGUUGCAGAUGGACGGUCACAUUGAAAAAAUUCUAUGGACGGAGGAACAAAUCUCCGAUAGGGUUUCAGAAGUCGCUUCACAAAUCUUCCACGACUUAAAGGGUUUGUCGUCUCCGGUGGUGAUGGUCGGUGUUGCCACGGGUGCUUUUAUGUUCCUCGCCGACAUAGUGAGGAAAACCAAACUGCCGGUCUAUGUUGAUUUUAUACGGGCAGAGUCGUAUGGUUUUGGAACCGAGUCAAACGGAGCUCCCAGGAUUUCGAGCGAUGUUAAGGUCGAUGUCAAGGGGAAGCACGUAAUCCUGGUUGAGGACAUUGUGGACACAGGAAACACUUUAUCUUGUCUCAUUUCACAUUUGGAAUCAAAAGGUGCAUGUUCUGUAUCAGUUUGCACGUUCCUUGAUAAGCCAUCGAGACGGAAGGUUCAUUUUGAUCUAGUGGGUGAAGGAAAGUUCUAUUGGGGCUUUGAGUGCCCAGAUUACUUUGUUGUAGGUUAUGGUAUGGACUUUGCUGAACUCUACAGGAACUUGCCUUAUGUGGGGGUUUUGAAGCCUGAACUAUACAAGUGAAUGGAUCUCUCACAUGUGAUGCAGUUAGUAUAUAAUCAAAAUUAGAGCAAUUCUGGCAUUAUUGGGUCUUAUUUCAUCGCACUGCUCUUAAACCAGCAAAGGACAAAGUGUAAGCAUGGAUUUUUCUGCAAAUACAGGGAAUUAUGGGAUUUUACGUCUUUGUCCA